AUGUGCUCCCUUCCUUCCACUGUUACCACGACAACCGCUUCUCAAAGCAUGCAACAUUUCCUUGGUCACGAUCAUCAUCAUCAUGCUCUUAGUUUCCAUCAUCAACCCUUGGUGCGCUCAAAAAGCAUUGGCAACAACAAUAAUACUUUGGCUUUACCAAACUACAAGCCUCCAUCACGCCGCUUGAGCUCAGGAUCAGCAUGUGAGGCAUGUCGUAGACGCAAGACCAAAUGUGAUGGUGGUCAACCUUGUGCCUAUUGUGCAAGCAAUGGGAUCGAAUGCGUCCAUAGGAACACUCGUAGAAAGACCGCCAACAAUACAUCCUCCUCCUCCUCAUCCCUGAUGAUCAGCACUGGUGGUCGAAGCCCUCCCGAUUACAUGCGCUCUAUUGCAGUGACUUGUGCACCUUACUCACGACCUGCAUCAGCAUCGGCUUAUGCUUAUGAUCGACGAGGCUUGUCUAAGCAAACCAGCUGCCCAUCGCUUAUUGUCACUACACAUUGGCCACCAGCUUCACCCAAAUCAAACAUGUUACAUAAUAACACCAACAACGACGACAAAAAAAAAUAUCAACAACAUCCAUCAACGUUGUCUACAAGCACUUGUUGGUCAACAACCUCCGACUUUUAUGGACGUGGUGGUGGAAAAGAGGAGAUCCCAAGCAUGAUGGAUCAACUCUCAUGUCGUACAUUUUCCACUGUUGUCUACCCAUUGUCGUUAUCAUCAGCUGCUGCUACAACCACUACAACUGCUGCUGCUCCAAACACCAAACCUGAAUUAGCUCCACCUCUUUCGCGCACGUGUUCCUCCUCCUCUUCCUCCAAUGCCGGGCACUGA